CGCGCCGUGUCUUUUGGUCAUCCAACUUGCCGUACAAAAACAAACAUGGCGUCUUCUGCGGACGUUCACGUCCGAAUUUGUGGACAAGAAAUUAUAAAAUAUGACCUAGAAAUCAAGGCUCUCAUUCAGGACAUCAGGGAUUGCCCCGGACCUCAGUCUGCUCUCAGAGAGCUCAACUCUCAGGUCAAAGAAAAGUUCAUCAAGCUCAGACUCAGAAUACAGGAUCUGGAGCAGAUGGCCAGAGAGCAGGACAGAGAGACAGACAGACAGGCCAUCCAGGCAGAGACAGAGAGUCAGCGAAGACAAAUGCUGAGUAACCAGACAGCGUGGAGGAAAGCUAACCUGGCCUGUAAACUGGCCAUAGACAACAUGGAGAAAGACGAGCUGCUGCGUGGAGCAGAAAACCAGAGCACCAGACAGAGGAAGGCCACCAAAGAAAGCCUGGUGGAGACCAGCAGCAACAUCACAGAGAGUUUGAUGUCUAUCAGCAGGAUGAUGGCUGAACAGGUGAAGCAGAGCGAAGACACCAUCGGCACACUGGCCACUUCCUCCAGGACGGUGCAGGAGACCAACGAGGAGUUUAAAAACAUGACAGGGACCAUCCACCUGGGGAGGAAACUGAUCCUGAAGUACAACCGGCGGGAGCUGACAGACAAGCUGCUCAUCUUCCUGGCUCUGGCCCUCUUCCUCGCCACCGUCCUCUACAUCCUUAAGAAACGUCUCUUCCCCUUCAUUUAGCCAACAGGCUCACAAGAAGAACGUUUUUCAGGUAUUUUGCUGAGCAGGAAGUUACCUCAAGGACUUUUAGAAAGGAUUACACAGAGAGUUAGAAGCAGCAUUGAGAGUGGACUGCUGUGCAUAGAAACAGUGUCAAAUUUACAAUGUUUAGUAGCCUUGUUUUUAGCUCGACUAAAAUGCAAUAUGUAGGUUUAUAAAAUGGAUAUCAAUGGUUUUGUAAGAUCAACUUAAGUGAAAGGUGUAUACUGACUAAAACUGGCAUUAUGAGGUUUCAUGCAGCAACAGCAGUGGGUUUAAAGCCACAGCGUGCUUCAAACAAACUUGGUUGUACAUGUUGUUUGAUAUUGUUUAAAGGCAAAAGUUUAUAUACUUGUUGUGAAUAGCCGUACUUAAGGUUAAAAGCCUGCAUCACACAGCCUCCCUCCUUUCUCCAAGAAUGCUGCUGUGUAGUCUCGAUACGUGGAUUCAUACAGUGUGGCUUAAGGCUGCGCACAUUCUCAGAAAACCUAUACUCAGAGGCAUUUGUGGUGCUGAGAGCUUUGAGUGAAGUUCAGAUCCUGUCUAUUUUCACACCUCUGCACAGGCGUGAAACGGGUACUUUGGCAUUAAUGCUUCAUCUGCCAUUGAGAACCAACCAGGUCAAGGCCAUAGUAUGCAGUAACCUUUGUUUUGUUUACUUUUUGUCAAAUUACAGUCUGUGCGUGUGUGUUCGAGAGGGAGAGUGUUUGUGUUUGUGUGCUUUGGGCAGCUCAAAGACACUGUUGUUACAGUUAUUGAAGAUUUUACGUGGUGCCUUUCUGUCCUCCAAUCAGACAUACAGUCUAUUAGAAAUGUGAUUAGUUGCUCAUCCUGCGAGGGAUGUCUGCCGUUCUGAGUCCAAUGACUAUGUGAAUGUUAAACACAAGGUGUGUUUGUUUGAAUAAAGCUGUAUAUAUUUCCAACAUAUGGAAAGAUUUGUUGUUAUGCAGCAUUACCACAAAUCUGCCAGUAGAUGGCAGAAAACCCAACAACACGGGGGUGGUGAUAAGUUAGUGGCCCAAGGUAGAGGGAGAUGAGUUAAACAGCACUUGUUACAUACAUGUGAGUGCUUAUGGAGAAAAUAAUUUUCGUGGUAGGUCUGUCAUCCCUGCUGUGGAAUAUUUUCUCAGACAAUGCUUCAGUCACCCGAAACAAGCUGUACCUUAGUCCACAAGCUCAUCAGUCAUCCCUUUUAUAUCACCACUAGAGACACUAACCACUGUAAGUUUGUGCAAAGAACCAUUAAACAGGUCAGGACCAACUUAAUCAACACUCUUCUCUCUGUCCAGUGACAUCAUUGUAGUUUAUUUAAUUUCAAUCAAAAUUGCUUACAAAUGUAUUUUUUAAAUUCAUUUAAAUAAAAACUUACAAAAUAUA